AAUGGAGUGCCAUAGGUACUGGUCAAUUAUAUAGAAGCUUGGUGCUGGUUUUUAUGGUGGUGGUGGUGCUGGUGGCUUACCAAUUUUUGUCGAAGUGAAUAGAAAACUAUCACUUGUUGGGGAGGUAAGAAAGCUUCACGCUUGCAACUUUCAGACAGGUUAUAAGCACCCAAUACUGAUUAACCAGCAGUGAUGGUGUGCAUGUGAUAAACACUGGAUGGAGAGUUUGUGUUUGUACCUAUCUAUUUAUAAUUACGAUGUUUCAAUGCGAAAAAACAGAAAAAAGCAUUCAAUGCUAAAGUAUUGUUUAUCUGACUUAUAAAAACUGUUGUUGUGUCUAAAAAGUAUAAGCAAACUGUUUAAGAAAUCAUGCUAUUAUUUUGAUUUCGUCUCUCAUACAGCUCUACCUCUCAAUUGUAAUGGCGGAUGACCACAACAUUCAAAUAUAUGAUGCCUGGGGUAUUGGAAACUUAAGGCAAACAGCUGGAUUUCCAAUUGGAAAUGAAAAUAAGUAUCAUUAUGUCUGUCCUGUUGGACCGUUGCUUGUAAUUUGGGAUAUAAUAAAAAAGAAGAGAGUGGAAGCUAAACAGCUAGUUGAUGAUCUGAUUACAAUUCUGCAUAAGUGCCAGAAAACGAAAUUUGCAUUGCUGAUAUCCUACAGUGGUAAUGGAAUAUUGCUAAGCCCCUCAUUAAAACCCCUUUGCCACUUUGCAGUCCCAGGAAACAAUGUGGUCUAUGCCAGCUGGUCAACCUGUGGCAAAUAUUUCUGUGUUUGCAACAUUGGUCAUUUUUCCUCUGUGAGACUAUAUGAGAUUGAGAGCGAUGGUUCAUCUGUUGUUUUAAAGUGGUGCGUGAAAGCUUCAGGUAUUAAGGGUUUAGAAGCCUGUGCUACCAGUGAAGAUGGAACACACAGUUUGGAGCAAUCUGGAUCUGUGGAUGGACUGCAGAUCAAAGAUGCAUUAUCAUCAAAAGCUGACCCUAUGGAUACUUAUUAUGGAUGUAUCUUUACAGAUAAUCAAAAACUAGUCGCUAUAUAUAAGCAUGAUAGAAAUCCUUGUGAAGCACACCUUUACAGUUACGAUGGUGUUUUGUUAAGAAAAUGCACUAUAUCACCAUUAGGUGAGCCUAAUACUAGCAUGUUGUGCAUGAGUGAGUGCAGAAAAAUGACAUGUGCCAUUGGCCUUCAUCGAGGCCUUUUUGUUUUUAUUGAUUUAGAAAAUUUUGAACUGAAAUCAAUUUUCCAGGCUCAAGGCUCAGCACAAGUUUGUAUAUGGGAAAAGGAUUUGUUAGUUACAGCUUCUUAUCAAAGUGGUUUGCUACAGUGGUGGAGUGUAUGCGGAGAUUUGGUCAAAGAAAUUGAAAUUGAAAAAAUUGAGUCAGUUGUGCACCUUAAUUGGUCUGUUCUCGAAAAAGAACUCUGGAUUGGAGGCAUUACAUCAUUAAACUACACAUUCUUUGAAUCAACACAGAGUGAUAAUAAAAAGUUAUCAAAAACUGUUUCCUUAUUUGACCACACAGUAGCUGGCUGUGGUCUUAAUUUUAAGGACCAAUUUACUUUAGCAACUGGAGACCUUGCUGGGAAUGUGAUUAUCAAUAAAUUAGGGAGGCAUUCAAACUUUGAUAAUGAAUAUAGAGUAAAUGUGAAGAAUUCAGUGCGCUGUCUGGCCUGGAUAGAUGAGGAUUUAUUUAUUGGAACCCUAGAAGGUAUGUUGUUUUGUUGGCAGCCAUUUAAAUACAGUGAAGGAACACAGGUAUAUAAUGUAGCACAUGUGUUUGAUUUUGGUGUACUAACACUCAGGAAAGCAAACACAUCAAAUCAUUUAGCUGUUGGAACAGGAGGUGGAGAUCUUUUUAUCUUUGACACAAGAAGUGGUACAUGCGAUUUGGCUCUGCAUCGCAAAGUGCAUGCUUGCAAGACCAUUGUUGAUGGAACAGGAAUACAGCCAAUGGAAAUUUGGAGUCUUGCUUGGGAUCCUAGUGACAAAAUGAUAGUUACGGCAUCUGAGGACCAAACUUCAAUAGUUCUGAGCAUUGCAAAAGGUGAUCAAAUAGCAAAAAUUACUGGGCAUUCAUCAGCAGUGACAUCAGUUGAUUGGAAAUCAUUGAUGAGUCAGAAAUGUAUCCUUGCCACAUGUGCAGAUGAUAAGACAGUGCGUAUAAAUAAUGGUGAGACAUUUGAACUGCUUCAAAUUUUAAAUACAUCUGAAAUCCAUGGUUGGUACACAUUUACCUACCUUUCAAUCAACCCAUUGCUUAAUGCUGUCUUAUGCUCAUCACAGAAUGGCUUCUUGGUCAUGUGGGACUUAGAUUCUCUCAACUGUCUCUUUUGCAAGAAGUUGCAUUGUGGAUCAAUUGAAGGGUUAGAAUGGAGCAAAAUAUCACAAAACUUUGCCUCAGUUGGCUCGGACUGUAUUGUCAAUGUUGCUUCUUUUUGUAGCCAGACAAAGAAGCUGCUUCAACCCAUUUAACUGUUAACAAAUAGUGCUUCAUGAUUCUCUUACAGAAAACCUAACAAUUAAUGAGACUUUAAUUAGGAGGGUGGAUAGUAAAUUCUGCUAGGGGAUGUAACCCAUCAUUUCAGACAACAAGAUUCUUUUGGUUGU